AUGUACACAGAGGAGGCCCCUACCAGGGGCCCCCUGCAAUCUGUCUGCCCUAAAUAUAGAUUAGGAGGCAGCGGUUCACGGAUCUCAGCUUUCGAACAGACCGGAGAUGCCCCCAUAUUUAGCAGCACCCAUAGGGCGACAGGGAUAGGCACCUCCUUUCUUGGGCUCCAAGGGUCAGUGGAGCCCCAGCGACACCGCGGCAGCUCAAGGGCAGCAGGAAAUAGAGGGACAGCCAGGAAAGGCAUUUUUAGCAGCGGCCGCGUGUUCUGCCCUGAGCCUAUUAUGUGUAGGGAAUCAAGAUCUAUUCGGAGAGCACCCGAAGGCUUGAGGCCGCCAAUCCUAGGUUCCGUCUCGCGUCCUAGAAGCAGCAGCAACAGUGGAGGAGUGUCUGAAAAAAGAUGGCGCCAGAGUAGCCACAAGAAGGUGGCUGCUGAUGCCAAGCAGCAACCUACUAGCAGUAAUCAGGCUCUGCUUCCAAAUGAGGAUAACACAUCGCACGGUGGCAGCAUAAGCUCGCCCGUUGAAGAAAGAAGAGCACGGAGGUCUCUCCGCUUGGGGACGCCCCUCAGGGAGCAAACUCUACAACACAGCGCUCAUAUGGUGGAAGCAGGCACCUGCUGGACAGCAAAAGGAAACAGGAGCGACAGAGCCACAAAAAGGGCUGGCAGCACUGCUGCAACACGAGCACACAAGGACCAAAACAAAGAGUGGCCACAGGUAAGGCCACACAAAGAGAAACUCCUGAGAGAUGACAGGGCCCUCUCCUCGUCCAAAUUACAGUGCCGUGCGGGCACCACUGCUGCAAGCCCAGCAACAGCAGCAUCACCAACAGCUACAAGAAACUGCCAGCAUAAACAAAAGCAGCGCCCGAAGGAGCAAGUGCUACACCAACAGCGGGGCACGAUCGCCUCCUCUCGUCCUUCAGCCUCCACUGAGGGGCCAAAACCUGAUCAUAGGUUGCCCAUGGGGAGUGACGGGGCCGAACACCCCUCAGAACGGCAUCAUGCUGCUCGCAGAGGCCUUUGCGACACUUCUGGGGGCACAGCAAGUAGCUGUUCGCCUAGAGCGGGAACAGAAACGGCAGCUACAGUUGCUGCUGCUGAAGAUGCCCCUCUGUGGCCACCUAGUUACACAGCUAGCGGAGGCACCAUACCCCGCGGAACGGUUGUUGAGGGAUCCCCAGACGUGAGUAAGCCUGCAGAGCCUUGUAAGCCCUCUUCAUCCCAUGUUUCUGAGCAGCAAAAUCAGUAUCUUGCUGUUCUUACACGGCACCGACAGCAGCACCCGCCAGAACGACCAGGUAGCGCUACUCCACAGCUCGACGGAAAAGCCCCUUCUAAAAAGUCUCUUCAAUGUGGCGAAGUACACGCAAAAAGAGAUCAUGCUACCCCAGCGAUGCAGACCCAGAAAAACGAGUGCGCGCAAGAGCACGAGGAGUCCCAGGAGCUUGUCCUUAUGAUGAAACGGGCUGUUUUGGCCUGCAGCUGCACAGCUGAGGAACGGCAGCAGCUACAGCACCUGUUGCAGCGCCUAGAGAAGCUUCAUGGGCAUUCACAGAAUCAACAAGAAGGGCACUCUGAGAAUAUGGCUGGAAGUGGGCCUUCUCCUAUGCCUUCAAUAAUCCCUGCUGUGCGCUACAAAGGGGAACCCAAGACACAAGGUCCCUGUACGCUCCAAGGAACACAUGGGGAAACAGCGGCCCCCCAUUCGCCUUCUCAAGAAAAGCAUUUGAUUAGCGUGGCGAUUCACGGAGCUCCUCAGACGCAGGACGGGCCACCAAGAGGGCAGAGCCACCCUGCAGCGAUUGCGCAGCAGCACGGACUCCCUAGCGAAGAGUGGGCAUCAAAAGAGCCAGUUGGCUCACACCUGACGCCUGUGAGCAGUCCUGCUGCAUCAGGGCCUGCUGGUUGCCAAUGUCUCUCUCAAACUCCUGCAGCUCGAGCAUGGGUAUCCGCUAGAGUAUCAAACCUGAAUGCGGCCUCAGCCCCUUUUCAAAGCGGGGCAUCGCAUGCCCCGCCUCUGAGGCACGCUGCAACAGUAGCCAACUGUUCGUGGCACCAGUGGCCCCACACAUUUCCUGCCGUCUGUCCUUCAAACUCGUGUUGCUGCCUUGAUAAGCAACUGGGGGGAGCAGCCACAGUGUCACAGUCGGUUCUCUGGGGGCCAGUGCCGUGUGCGUUGCGGUGUUAUAAGAAGCCCGCCUUCCUCAAGCCUCCGCAAAUGCAGGGGCCAGCAAAUGCACAAACUGAUGAGGGGUCGAAAGGACUCCCUGAAAAUCACCGGAGAGCCAGCGGUGAUUUUCAGCGCGUUGGCUGCCGGUGGUCUCCUAGCCCAGUAGUGCAGCAGAAGCAGGAGGAGCAGCGACAGCGACGGGAACUCCUGCGUCGACGUGCUAGCACAAAUGACUUGCCACGCCUGGCAUGCCCACCCUCCACGGCAGCAAACCCACCGCACUACUACAGCACUAGCGGCGGUAGUAAGACGCAUGUGGUUGGGUCCUUGGGGCAACGGAUUGCGGCAAUUGCUGCACCUGUGAAGGAAAUGCUUAAUCGUAGCACGCAGUAUGAGACUCUGACGUCGUCCUUACCGCACCCUGUUAGAGGCUGCCAAAAAAUAGAUGUUGCUGUCUCUGCAGGCGAAGCCCGCGUCAGAGCUGGAGAUGCUGCAGCAGUGGGAGCUGCUGCCAGGGCAGGAAGUGGCUGCAGGCCUGCCAGAAGGGCCAGCAGCAGCAGUAAACGCAGCAACAGUAGCCGCAGUACUGGUGACAGCGCCAGGUUCGGGGACCACUUCAAUCGCAACCUCAGCGGCGGAGCUUCCCUCGUGCCACCGUCACUGAUAACAUCUAGCCCACCAAGUAAGAAUUUGAGCUCUACACCCAGAAAUCUCAGAUCCUCUACUCUACAUCCGAUGCCGGCUCUCCCCUUGAAGCAGCUCGACCCAGCGGCCUCCUAA